UACUGCACACAUAUUAGGAUCCAGGACGGCGGGACCAAGUCAGCAGCUGCAGCCUAAGCCCACUGCAGACCGGCCUGGCCAUCCAGGAUGAUGCUGCUCGCUCUGUACACCUGUCUCUUCUGGCUGUCUACCAGUGGGCUCUGGACCAUUCAGGCUAAAGACUCUGACGCUGUCGUGAGCAAGAGGAACCCUCACCGGGACUUGGCUCCAAGCAACACUGACUUUGCCUUUACCCUGUAUAAGCACUUAGUGGCCUCAGCUCCAGGCAGGAACGUCUUCAUCUCCCCUGUGAGCAUCUCCACAGCCUUGGCUAUGCUGUCCCUGGGUGCCAGUGGCUACACACGGAAGCAGCUUCUCCACAGCCUGGGCUUCAACCUCACUGAGACAUCCGAAGCUGAGAUCCACCAGGGCUUCCGGCAUGUCCACCACCUCCUCAGGGAGUCAGACACUGCCUUGGAUAUGGCCAUGGGCAAUGCCCUGUUCCUUGACUGCAGCCUGGAGCUUCUGGACUCGUUCUCAGAAGACACUAAGCACUACUAUGGGUUGGACGCCUUGGCUACAGAUUUCCAGGACUGGACAGGAGCCAGAAGACAAAUUAACGAGUAUGUCAAGAAUAAGACGCGAGGGAAAAUUGUGGACUUGUUCUCGGAGCUAGACAGCUCAGCCAUGCUCAUCCUGGUCAACUACAUCUUCUUUAAAGGCACGUGGGCACAGCCCUUCAACCCAGAAAGCACCAGGGAAGAGAACUUCUAUGUGAACGAGACGACCAGGGUGACAGUGCCCAUGAUGUUCCAGUCGAGUGCCAUCAGGUACCUGAAUGACUCGGAGCUCCCCUGCCAGCUGGUGCAGCUGGAGUACACAGGCAACGAGACCGCCUUCUUCAUCCUCCCGGACAAGGGGAAGAUGGACACAGUGAUUGCCGGGCUGAGCCGGAACACCAUUCAGAGAUGGGCUGACUCCCUGACCAGCAGCCAGGUGGACCUGUACAUCCCAAAGGUGUCCAUUUCCGGAGCCUAUGACCUUGGGGGCAUCAUGAGGGACAUGGGCAUUGCAGACUUGCUUAACAACAAGACACAUUUCUCAGGCAUCACCCAAGAGGCCCCACCGAAGGUGCUGAAGGUGCUCCAUAAGGCCAUCCUGCAACUGGAUGAGAAAGGAUUGGAGGCAGUUGCGUACACCAAGGUCAGCCUACAGGGGGCGCCCGAUCCUCUCACCAUCCACUUCAACCGGCCCUUCAUCCUCAUUAUCUUCGACCACUUCACGUGGAGCAGCCUUUUCCUGGGCAAGGUUGUGAAUCUGACAUAAGGGGACACCCAGAGGAGCCGCAGCGCUUCGGACUCUGGGCACCAGGGAGUCCACUGAAACGUUCUGGGAAGUGGGCGGGUUCCCCUAAUCUUCUCUAGGUUCUCUUGUAAUAAACAAUGUCACUGUGAUUGAUGACAAGGUUAGUUGAAGGAGAAAAGUGAGACGAUUGACAUUUGGAUAAUACCAAUAUAAUAUUGUACCAAUGUAAUUUUCUGGUUUUGAUCAUUGUCCUAGAGUUGUGUACUAUGUGGUAGUACACUGAAAUGUAUAUG